UCACAAGGGAAUAAACCGUAAACAGCCAUAAUAAGACCACUGUCGCGUGUUUUCAGCGUCUAUGUGGGUACAAAUAUGAAGUGAAAUAAAAAACUUUCUGGGAUUUUUUUUUCAAUCGCUUGCAGGAGACGAGACGUCGUAUACGGGGUGUCCUCAUUAAACUAAAAAUAACGCCAUGAGGAGCGCACUAUGAGGUCAGUUUGCUGUGCCCCCCCUCACUGAAGCUGUCUCUGCGAACAGGUGGCUAUUUCGUAAGAAGGUAUAUCUGAGGCCUCAACAUGCCAGCCCCACCUCCUCCCCCUCCGCCUCCCCUGGCUCCCCCUCCUCCACCACCACCGCCCAGCGCUGCCCUGCCACAGUGUCCGUCAGAGCCUCCUAAGCUCCAGUCUGGUGGAGGAGGGGGUGGAAGGAAUGCCCUGUUGGCCGACAUCCAGAAGGGAGCCAGGCUCAGGAAAGUCACACAGGUCAAUGACCGUAGUGCCCCUGCCGUCGAUAAGCCCAAGGCGGCUAGCACUGGAGAUAUAGCCAGCAGUGUUGCUGCUUCUCAAGGUUCAUCAGGUGGAAUGGCACCCAUGGGACCCUCUUUGGGGGUGCUCUUUGCUGCAGGAUUCCCCACUCUCAGGCCUAUAGGACAAAGAGACAUAGCAGGCAAGAACCCAGUGUCGCGAUCGAGCUCAUCAGUCUCCAUGAAGCCUCUGUGGAACCCCCCCACACCAGCAGACACAAGCAGCGUCUCUGAGCUUCACAGGACGGCGGAGCUCCGAGGCUCCGUCCACCGUCUGCUCGCUCCUUCGUCCUCAGCUCCUCCCUCCCCCUCUCACAGCAGCAAGCACCCGCCUCCUUUCCCCAAUUCCUCUCCCCCUCCACCUCCACCUGCACCACCCUCUGCUCCUCCACCACCUCCCCCACCUCAAGCCAUCCAGGACAGACUGGCCAACAAGCCUCCGCCUCUCCCCUCCUGCCCUCCUCCCCCACCUCCAGCCCAAGUCACCAAGCCCACCUGGCUCCCCAUCCAGCACUCCCACCACGCCACCAUCUCCCAGCCCUCUACUCCUCCUCCUCCUCCUCCUCCUCCUCCUCCACCUUUCCAACCUCCUUCUGCUGUUCCAGGGGAUCGCUCCUCAGGUUGUUUCUACUCGCCGUCCCCCUCCUCAGUCCACUCUGAACCUUCUAGAUUCUCUAUCUUGCGGGACAGCCCACUGGGACCUCCUCCACCACCUCCUCCUCCUCUCCCAGCUUCUUUCACCCCCAGCUGCCCAUCCACCCUCCCCCCUCCAUUACCCAAGAUGGCUCCAGUGCCCUCCCCAGGCAUGCGCUCUCUGCCUCCCUCAUAUCCCUGCAACGCUCCCACCCGACGGCCACCUGCUGUGCCCAGGAGUGCAGGUGUGGGUCGGCUGGCCCCUCCUCCAGCUCCUCCGGCACGUUCUCCCAGCACCGAGCUGUCCAGCCGCAUUCCUCCCCCUCCACCACCACCUCCCCUGCCUCCAUCAAGUCUCAGAAAUGGACACCUGCACAGCCUCGAUGAUUUUGAAUCCAAGUUCCAGUUCCACCCUGUUGAAGACUUACCCCCUCCCGAUGAAUUCAAGCCUUUUCCUCGGAUCUACCCCAGCAAAGAAAACAGAGUGAACCCCAAAACACCUGGGUUAAGGACACACCUCAGAUGAGUCAAGGCUUCACCAUGUCCUUUACCCUUUCCCACACACACACAUACACAUAUCAGGAAGUUGCACACAAUCCUCCUUUUUUUUCUCAUGACAGCUCAUGACAAUAACACAACUGCCAUGGACUUAUUUGGAUGCAGGCUCUGUGUGUGUGUGUUUGUGUUUGUGUUUAGUGUAUUUGUGUGUAUGUGUGUGUGUUUGUAUGAGUGGCAAACAGGGUCCCGCCUUAUACUGACUAUGUGACCUCUGACCCUUUUCAGUGUGGAAUGUUUUGAAUGUGUGUGAGGAGGAGGGCUCUCCCUACUCAUGCUCGUACACACAUACCCUCCAUGGACAGCGUCUUCCAGUAGCUAUAUUUAACAUGAAUCAUAUCACAGUCUGUAAGCAUUUCAGUAUCUACAUACAAAAUAGUAUUUUGGUUUCAUCUCUGAGAAUUUUGUCACAAUCUGUCCCUUUAUGCAGUAGCACUUUUAGUGUCAAGUCUACAGUUAACCCAGACACAGGUCAACAAAGCUUUGUUAAAGACAGUCAUAUGCACACUGUGGUCCAGCAAUAACUACAUCUUGAGCACAUGCUCCAACAAUGUUCUCCCUAAACACCUACAAAAAUGUUAUAGCAAGACAAUCCUCUCAAGAUGUCAUGUUUUUUCCUUUUUUUUGGGAAUUCAAUGACCCACAGUAUAUUGCCUCUGUUAGCAGGAGACUAUGUUGUUUGGCUAAGGAAACCUCAUCUUAAACUCAAUGUGAAAAAAACUACCACUGCAGGAUAUGCUAAGCUUGGGGGUUCACAAAUCCUUGUACAUAUCGUCGUGCUCUUGUGUUUUUUAGUAAUUGUUUUUAUAAGUAACAAAUCUAUAAACAUGUAGAAGAACCAUUUUUACCAGUAUAGGAGUGCAUCUGUUUUAAGUUACACUGUUACUGUCUGUUAAUAAUAAUGAAUGAGGAAUACUGUUUACUUUCUCCCACUGUAUUAACUGACACUAACACCUGUGAAGACAGUGCCACCUGCUGGUUCAAUGUGUAAAGUAUUACAAGGUGUGACCACCAAAUAAACCACAGUAUUUUGUUUAAAAAGUUGACAGUCACUUUAUUGAUCACAUUAAGACUAAUAUUAAAACCGGCUUCUCAACAGAACACAGAAAUCAUUUGGUAAUUGCGUGUAGUAGAGUCUAGAUUUAAGACUUAUGUGUGCGCAAUAUCUUAAAACAGCCUCCAGCACAUAUAACAGGUAAAUUUCCCCUUUUUUUCUAUGUAUGGUAUAUCUUGCAGAACAAGUUUGUCAUUAUUAUACAAAUGUGAAUAUCUAAAAUGAAAGAAAGCCAGUUUUAAACUCCAUGUAAGGAUUGCUGUUGUUUCAUGUACAUUCGAGAAAUCAGAAUGAAGCUGCACUUAAUGUUGCAGGGCUCAACAAUAAAUCCAGUCAGCAUGGAUAUUGCAGCAUAUGCACGUGCAAUGCACCUGUCUCUCAGUUAUUUUGACUUGCCAAACAGGUGUCUCUAAUAACAACAAUUGCUGGAUUGCAUCAGGGUGUGCCAGUGCCACGGAGUGUUGUGUAUGCUGGUUUACUGAGAGCACUUGUCUCUGAUGCCAUAUAAAAAUACCCAUUUUACUGCUUAAAAGAAAAUGAAAAAUACCAACGUUCACAUUAUCUUAAACACACACCAUGUAGUCAAUAUGAUAAGGCAGUUUGGUUACACGUUCUGAACACUCACUGCAGACUACAGUUACCAUACAGGUAAACCAUACCAUACAGUACAAGUUAUGAUUUUCUUUUCAAAUGGACCUAUACAAUAGUGAUGUGUCGGUCGCGAACGACUCGUCUGUAUUAGCUGGUUCUUUUAAGUGAACAGUGUGAGCCAGCUCCCAUCUGAGGGCCAGCUUCCAUCUGAGAGCCAAUUUCGCACCCACUUUCUUCCCCACCCUGCAAAAAAGUAAAAAUGCACAAACAAUUGACAAAUUACACCUUUUAACAGAGCAGAAAUAUUUCAUUUUAGCCAUAUCAUACAAAUUUAAUUGAAAUUUACUGUAUGUGUCUGUAAUAAUGUGUAAUUAUAUAAAUACCAUACUGUUUCAUUA